CUGACGUUUUAGUCAGCUUUUGUUGUUUCUUGUAUUUGUAUUGUAUAUUUUGAACAAAAUGAGUGUGAUACGUGAAAAAAUAGAUACUAUUUCUAAUAAAUCCCUUCCUCAUUUAGAUUCCAAAGUUAUGACACCUGAAGAUGUGUUAAAAUUAACAAAAAUAACAGAUACGUACUUGUGUGAUCCAGAUGCAAAUAUAUAUGAAAUUGACUUUACAAGGUUUAAACUGAGAGAUCUAGAAAGCGGAGCUAUUCUAUUCGAAAUUGCAAAACCUCUCCCAGAAAAUAUUGAAGAUAAUACUGACAAAAAUUCAGAUAAUGAUGAAUUAAUUGAUCCUAAUGCUGGACGGUUUGUAAGAUACCAAUUUACACCACAGUUUCUCAAGUUGGAAACAGUUGGGGCUACGGUUGAAUUUACUGUGGGCAGUAGACCGGUCAACAAUUUUAGAAUGAUAGAGCGUCAUUUUUUUCGAGACAAGCUUUUGAAAACUUUCGACUUUGAAUUUGGAUUUUGUAUUCCGUUUUCAAGGAAUACAUGUGAACACAUUUACGAGUUUCCUUCAUUACCAGCUGAUCUUGUUAAUGAAAUGAUAGCAUGUCCCUUCGAAACCAGAUCUGAUUCAUUUUACUUCGUGGACAAUUGUCUCAUUAUGCAUAACAAGGCUGACUAUGCUUAUAAUGGUGGUAUGUCUACAUAACCUCAAAUUAUUGAUACAGGGUUAAGAAUACAAUAAUUUUGACACAAUAUUUUGCAAAAAAAAUCACACUUCGAUAGAAGUUUGAACAUUUAAUCAGUUCAAAUGAUAUUUCUAUGAUAAUUCACUAAAAGUUUGUUUGAGCAUGAACACUGGCUUUCAAAAAAUAAUCACGUGAUGCGCUUGAAUCAAAACUUUUUCGAAAUGUAGAGGAGUUUUUCAUCGAUAGAAUAAAAAAUUGGUGCAAAAGUGGAAAACGUACUGAUAAUAUUAAUUAUUGUCUAAUUUCAAUUUUUUUUAUUCAAAUGUGAUUUUUUGCUAUAACAUUUUGUAAAUAAAAUUCAGAUACCUACUUAAGUGAUUAUAUAUUUUAAUACUGAGAUAUGUGAUAUACUUUUUUCUACAAAAGCCGAAUGUGGAUCAUAUAUUUAUUUGUGAGAAAAAUUUUGCACAAGUUGAACAAUAAUUUAAUGAGAUUAGUUUGUGUUUAGAUUUUUAUGAAUAUGUAUACAAUUUUAUUUUUGAACCUAGUUUUAUGAAUAUUCGAAAAGUCUAUGUUCGUGUGUGAUAAUCAUGUAUAUCUAUGAGUAUAGUGAUGAUUAAAUUAAAUUAUUUGUAGUUACAGUGAACCUGUUACUAUAAUUCAAUGUUUACUUACAUUAAUGUUCAUUUAUAUUAACAGUAUUAUUUUUCCAUUUAUUUUGUUGUGUUGCUUUCUCCAUUAAUAUAGAUAUAUUCUGGUGAUAAAACAAAAAUAAUUCAGUUGAAUUAAAAUCAACAAUAUCAUAAUUAUUAAAAAAGCAAUCAUCUACGUGGUAUAGCAAAAAUUGUAUUUGGGUACUGGAGUUUAUCUGUGAAAGAUAAAUUAUUCAAAAUUAACAUUUGGCACUAUUAUUAUAAUACUAUGAAUAAUAAAAAUUUGUUUCAAAUGUAAUAUUUUACUUGGUUUUAGACUCAAUUUGAAGAAAUUAAAUUUGGUUUCUCAUAGAUAUUUCAAUCUAAAAUUGUUAUAUAGAUAAAUUGAAAAUUAUUAUCUACUUUAUCUUGUUUUGACAAUCAACAAAAUAAUCAAACAGAUAUCAAUACAAUAAAUUUAUAUAUGUGAUGGAAUCGGCCGAUACUUGAUGAAAAUCCAUAACAUAUUCAAGAAACACAGGCCUUACUGUAGAUACGCCUCAUGAAGCUAUUGUAUAGCGAAAUGUGUUGCGUUUUUGUGAAACUGAUUAGUAAAAAUCUCACAAUAAAGUGUUCCUCGAAUAUAAUAAAUUAAUACUUCUACACACAAUACAACAACAUAUAUCUACAAAUAUUAUUUUGUCCUUAUGGAUAUUAUAUUCAUCUCAAGUAGAAAUCUUAAUAACGUUACAUAUUCCAACUACUCAUUGUUUUUUAUGUCAUGGACUAUUUUCAGAAUUGGUGUGAUUUGAGAUUAAUUAACUUGGAAAAUUUCAAAAUGUUGAUAUUUUUCACAGUACUUUCGUUGGAAUAUUUUUUCACCAAAGUUGAGCCCCAUACACAUUUUUUUCUACUAUUUUAAAUUAAAGAAAUACAUUUUUCAAAGUUUUGUAGAGGAGAGAGUAGCACUUAUGAUUUUCCUAUUUCCAUAGGAAACCUUCAUGAUCACUGGUUGAAAUUAGUAAAAUCAUUAUUCUCAACAAAUUUUUGUAUAAAAAAGAAUGUCACCACACAAAUAAGUACUACUUAUGAUUCAUAAACAGUUUCUGUGUUGGUAUACAAAACCUAUACUGAUACAAAUAAAUUUGAAUCAGUACUGCUUUGACUUGUUUAUCAUACACAAUUUUAUUUUCAAACAUUCAAUUUUUAACUGAAUGUGUACAUCUUAAGUGUUCAAGUUGCAUUUUAAAUUAGAUUUUAGAAAUUCUAUUAGACACAUAUUUACAAUGAAUAGUAUAGAUCCUUGAAUAUGGGGUGACGUGAUUACAUUUUUUACUGAAUCAGCUUUCUGAAAUAAGCGGUUAAAAUAUUGAAAUUUUAGUAUUUCAUCCCAUGUUUGAGGGUUAGUUUUAUGUUUGUGAUAUUUUAGGAGAACGAUUUGCACACAGGAAUAUGUCAUUUUUAGUUGGCACAAUUUUAUUAUGAUAACAGUCAACAAUUUAGUCCCACUGACCGGUACUUUGCCAAAGAAAUAUAACAAGGUCAGUUUCUAUAUAAGUAAAAUUAACGUAAAAUUCAGACAAAAAUAUGAAACAUGAAUUUUGUAAAUAUUUUCAUAAUUUCAUUCUCUUUCAGAAGUAUUAUAGAAAGUUUCUUAUUGACUCUGUCAUUACUUGAAGAUCCAUAGUUAUUUCACAAAC